UUUGAUAUUUAAAGUAAAGGUCAGACAGUUCAAUAAUUAGUCCGAAGCAAGUGAUCAUUGGCGAAUUAUAGACCAACGCAUCAAUAUCUAAACGUAAAUAACAACGCAUUCUGAUUUCUGAUUUGUGGUUGUAGGCAAAAAGACCGAUCAUAUUUGAACGAAUCAAAAUGGAUGCUGGGUGUGAAUGAACUACUGAAAAACGAGCAGCUUUUGUCGAUUUGUAGCGUGAGCUCGAUGGUCGGAUUGAGAAACUGGUGUCGUGAUUUAUUUAGUAUUAAUUUAAGCAGUGUUUUACUCGCGAGUGUCGUCAAUAACGAAGUGGUCCGAGUACUGGUUUAAUUCAGUAGUCACCGUGUCGAAAAGAAAUGUGUUUAUACAAAUGUUUAGGAGAUCUUCAUAAUCAGCAGGUGACCGUAGUAGGAUGAGGACUGUGUCGACAGUGUUGAAUGUCGUGCCUAGCCCUCGCCUGGUGCUCUGCGAGCCGCGGAUCCCGACGUUCGGUUCGAUAUGGCGAGUGCGUUCGGACUAGAGAGUCGCUCGUGUGUCGCAUGAGCGGUCAGAAAUGAAAUGCAUAUACAGGAAGCAACGAACACAACUCUGACAACAUGUUCCAAAAUGACAGAAGAAGUAGACAGAAGACAUGGCGUAAACGGGAACAGCAGUAGCAAGACAGCGAGCGAGGAGAGUCCCGUCGCCACCUCGGCGCACUCGGGCUCGGGCGGCCGACUCAAGUUCUUCAAAGAUGGCAAGUUCAUCUUGGAGCUGGUGCGGGGGUGCGCUCGCGCGGGCGAGCGCUCGGGCUGGGUGUCGGUGCCGCGCAAGACGUUCUGGCCGCCCGCCGCGCCGCACACGCCGCCCACGCCGCCCGCGCCCGGCCCCACCGCCUCGCUCAGCGUCUCCGACGACAACUCCUCCAUUCACUCCUCGCCCUGGCAGCGCGACCACUGCUGGAAGCAGCCCGCCCCGCGCCGCAACCUCUCCAAAGAGCUAGCCAUGUACUAUUGCCGGCCCGCGGCGCUCACCGCGCAGGCGAUCCGCGCCGGCGCUCGAGCGAAGCGUCGCCGGCCCUACGACGCGACGCCGCUCGAGCCGCGCAACGGGCUCUGUCGGAACGGCGCCGUCUCCCCCGGCCGGGACGCCGUCGACGGCGCGCCCGACUCCGCCGCCAAGCCGGCCGACGAGCGGCGGACGGAUUGCGACCGAGAGAAAUAUUACCACAUGAAACUCAAAAAACCAUAUCAGUAUCAUAAGUUAAGGGUGUAUAAAAAGACGAAACCUGCGAUCAGGCCUAAGGUACUCGCCCGUACGAUAGACAAGCUGCGCGAACGCAUCGCGGCGCUGCCGGCGCCCGUCAACGCCAAGCUGGCCUCAUGUCGCCAGGAGCACAUGAUGGUAUCGCCGCGCAAGCGCAUCCUACGCGAACUCGAGCGCGUCAGCUUAGAGGACCAGGGCACGAAGAGGCGCGCCAAGACCGUGCCGGCGCUCAGCACCGCGUCCUACCCGCCGUCGCCCGGCCCCGGGCCCAGCCGCGCCGCCGCGCCGCCCGACACGCCGCCCGCGCGCUCCACCAACGGCACCGCCUCCCUCCGCAAGGAGCCCGUCAGCAAGAACGUGAGCAGCUACAGCAUCCACUCGCUGCUGUCCAUGCCGGACGAGAGCCCCGCGCCGUCGCCGGCGCGGCGCUCGCCGCACUCGUACCCGCCCUCUUUGAAGACGGAGUCGCCGUCGAGCGUGCACUCGCCGGACCUGAGCCCGAGCCCCGACAACUACCGCUACCGCUACUCGGCGCUGACGCUGGGCUCGCCGACGCCGGGCGCGCCGCGGGACUCGCCGACGCCGCCGGAGCUGGCGCGGUACCGGCACGCGCCGUACGCGCCGCCCGUGUCGCCGUACGCGGCCGGGCGGCAGUGGGCGGGCGCGCCGUACCGCCGCGAGGACUGGCGCGAGCUGCAGUACGUGUACGGGUACGGGUACGGCGGCGUGGCGCCGGCCGUGGGCUACCGCGCGCCGCAGGCUCCGCUGUGGAUGCACUACGGGGUGCCGGUCCCGCCUGGGCCCUGGGCGCCGCUGGCGCACCCGCUCAUUAACGACCACAUACCUAAAGAAGAACCUACGUCAGAUUUGCCGCUGAACCUGUCAAAGCACUGAAAGGCGCAGGCGCUGCUCGGUUCGGUGCGCUCUGAACAUUACUAUUGUACAUGUAUUACAAACGCAAUCAAAGACUUUUAGCUUAUUUAAAGUGGCAUAUGAUUAUGCAAUAUCUUUUUAUAUUUUAUGCUAUACAUUAAAGAACAAGUUCGAACAGUAAACUUGUGGUGAAAUGUCGACAACGUUGUCCCAUCAACAUUCCAUGGUCACUAUCGAUUGGAGAGUAUUGGAAGUCCAAAAAGUACAUCCCACCUAAUCCAAUAGCCUAUACACGCUCGGAAGCGAUUAAAUUUAUAUAACGAUAUUAUGCACUUUUUGCACAUGGGCAAAAAAUAUUUUUGUAUAAAUGUGGUUUUCCGCCAACUUGUUUGUCUGGAAAUCUAUUUACAAAUCAUGUAUUUUACACGGAAAUAAUAUUAUAUUUUUAAUAUAGAUGUACUGUACGUAUGCAGAGUCACAUGAGUAUUUUCAUACAAAAUAUUGUACUCCGAGUUGAAUAUUUUAAUAUUGGCUAUUAUUUUAGAGUAGAAUGCCAAGAUGAUCUAAAUGAACAAAUAACAAUUGACGAUCAGUGCCUUUUCAAAGAAACUACUAAUAAACAUUUAAGAGAAGUAAAAUAUCCCAAAAUUCUAAUAAUUUCCAAGCGCCCGCCGCACUCGGCGCGCUCAGAGCGGGCUCCGCGGAUCUAUUUACACGACCUGAAUACCCGCUCCUUACUUAAAAUUCCAUAAUGUUUAUGUUCGAUCUCAUUAUUUAAUUUAGAAAAUAAAAUGAGGUAAAGACUACAGUUUUGGGAUCAAAUUUGGAUGUGUGUUUAUCUAACAUGUAUAUUAAAAAUAAGCGACAUUGUAUAUAAUUUGUGAAUGGUGUAUUAUUGAUGGAAGUCUGGGCGUAGAUUUUAUCAGAGCAUUAACCGCUUAUGAUUUAUCCGUAAGAGUUUUAUUACCUUCAAAUAAUUAUUGUAUUUGUACAGUAUUUCUUUAAUGAGUAUUUUAUAAUUAUUACGAGGACGGUAGGUGGUGUGUGCUCGGUGUAUGUGAGUGCUCUCAGUUGGGUCGCCGGCGGCGCGGCUCGCUGUUCUGUGCGUGGCUCAUGUUCACACUACGCUCACAGCCAGAGGAAAACUUCCUGCUGUAUAAUCAUUCAUUAAGUAAUCACGCUACUGUGUAGUAUGAACAUUUUGGUGACUGAUGGCUCACCGUGAGCUGUGAGCGAUCAUGAGUCACUAGGUAUUACCAGCCUAGUGUGAACAUGUCCUCAUUCGCGUACAGAAUUGGUCUGCUAGCGGCCGUCGGCACGCUUUGAGAUUAAAACGUAGAAGUAGUAUUUUACUGCAAUUUAGUUGAAAUAUGGGGUUAUGUAUGUAUUUAUAAGGACAGUUAAAGGACGGUAACGGACUGACUUCUGAUGUAAUAAUAUUCAUUAAUGGAAUUGUAUAAAAUAGUUGUGUAAUCGGAGGCCUACUGUAACAAUCGUAUUGUCGCCCAACAAAGUUGAUUUAGUAUAAAAGUAGCUGUAAUAGAUCCUGCUCAAUUAAUUCUGAGUACAGUUAGGAAACUACUUCAAGUCAAUGUCCUGUGUGAGAGUGAACUGUGUCGUUUUGCAAUAAUUUAUGUAUUUUGUUAGGUUUAUGCAUUCCAUCGAACAGUAAUAUUAUUUACAAUACAUAUGGUGCUAAACUAUUCUAGUUUACGUGCGUAUGUCGAAAAUUUAAAAGGCCAUAUGUACUGUAAAACGUUGUACAAUACACGUGCGAAAAGGUAAUUCGCAACUGGUGUCGAUUUAAAAUACUCCCUUCGAUCGUGUUUUAAUUUCAAGCCACUCGUUACGAAUUUCCUGCUUUUCGCACUUAUCGUAAUGUACUAUUAAUGCACAAUUAGCCAUCAACCUACUUUAUAACAUAACUACAUAGUUCACACUAAAGCUGCAUCCAUUUUUUUAUUUAUUAUUGCUAAUUCUCAUCCACCACAAAGGUUUGUGUAAACCUGACCUAUACUUCAUACUUAUUUAAUGAAAUAAUGAAUGAGAUCUUGACUAUCUCGAGGAUUCAUUAUUUGAUUAAAAUGUUGAAGUCUGAUUUUUCAAUAGAUAAUUUGUAAAAUAAAAUAAAAGUAGUCUAACUUUACAGUUAUAGUAUAGCUAGUCUGACUUUUGAUUGAAAAAUCGGUCUUUAUCGGUAUCACCCUUGUCACAUUGCAGCAAACCCAAUUUAAAAUAAACGUCUCUCCAACGUUUUAGAGCUCACGUCUAUAUGUGUCGAUCAGUAGAGGGGCGGUCAUUUUAAAAUUGGUUCUAUUCUACCUAAAGGAUGAAAGUAGUGUUGAAGGUUAUGCUAUAAAGUAUAAAUCCUGCUCUCUUCUGAACUCCUAACUCCUUCAUUUUUUAUAUUUAUAAACUUAUUAUUUCGAAACAAUUAGUUUUUCGAGCUAAGUUUCAAUUAGAUCAGGGUCAGCCCAAGAGCGGAAAGUACAUCAGAGUGCCAUUUAUUAUUCUUCUUGUAUAUGUGAAAAGUGAAAACUAUACAGGUUCCUCUUCCACACGACAUUGUGUAACUGCCGUAUAAAACAUAAUAAAAUAUUUUUCUAUGUAAACGAUUCUUCGAAGCAUGUGAUAGCGCUUUUCGGAUAUAAAGAAAGCGAGUAUGUCGGUGUCUUAAAACCACAUUAAAUCAUAUUUAUAAUGCGGAAAAUAGUUAUUAUCCAUUUAUAUUAAGGUGUAGUUAUGUACUCGAAUAAAUAUAACUUUUACAAAA